GGUCUGGCAAGCAACACCAUAACGUGCAGCCAUGUCGUCAGACGCCGAGAUGGCGAUCUUUGGGGAGGCGGCUCCUUACCUCCGAAAAUCGGAAAAGGAGAGAAUUGAAGCCCAGAACAAACCUUUUGAUGCUAAAUCAUCCGUCUUUGUGGUACAUGCAAAGGAAUCCUUUGUGAAAGGGACAGUCACGAGCAGAGAAUCAGGCAAAGUCACUGUCAAGACUGAAAAGGGAGAGACCUUGACCGUGAAGGAAGAUCAAAUCUUCUCCAUGAACCCUCCCAAGUAUGACAAAAUCGAGGACAUGGCCAUGAUGACCCACCUCCACGAACCCGCUGUGCUGUACAACCUCAAAGAGCGUUACGCAGCCUGGAUGAUCUACACCUACUCGGGUCUCUUCUGCGUCACUGUCAACCCCUACAAGUGGCUGCCGGUGUACAACCCCGAGGUGGUGUUGGCCUACCGAGGCAAGAAGCGCCAGGAGGCCCCUCCACACAUCUUCUCCAUCUCUGACAACGCCUAUCAGUUCAUGCUGACUGAUCGGGAGAACCAGUCCAUCCUGAUCACCGGAGAAUCCGGGGCCGGGAAGACUGUGAACACAAAGCGUGUCAUCCAGUACUUUGCAACAAUUGCAGCCAGCGGAGAGAAAAAGAAGGAGGAGAAGUCAUCAGGCAAAAUGCAGGGAACGCUUGAGGAUCAAAUCAUCAGCGCCAACCCACUGCUGGAGGCCUUUGGAAACGCCAAGACCGUGAGGAACGACAACUCCUCACGCUUUGGCAAAUUCAUCAGAAUCCACUUCGGUGCCACAGGCAAGCUGGCUUCUGCUGACAUUGAAACUUAUCUGCUGGAGAAGUCCAGAGUCACUUUCCAGCUCAAGGCGGAAAGGAGCUACCACAUCUUUUAUCAGAUCAUGUCCAACAAGAAGCCAGAGCUAAUAGACAUGCUCCUUAUCACCACCAACCCAUAUGACUACCAAUUUGUGAGUCAAGGUGAGAUCACUGUUCCCAGCAUUAAUGACCAGGAGGAGCUGAUGGCUACAGAUAGUGCCAUUGACAUCCUGGGUUUCACUGCUGAUGAGAGAACAGCCAUCUACAAGCUGACAGGGGCUGUCAUGCACUAUGGAAACCUGAAGUUCAAGCAGAAACAACGAGAGGAGCAGGCAGAGCCUGAUGGCACAGAAGUUGCUGACAAGGCUGCCUACCUGAUGGGUCUGAACUCAGCAGACCUGCUCAAGGCCCUCUGCUACCCCCGAGUGAAGGUGGGGAAUGAAUACGUGACCAAGGGCCAAACUGUGCAGCAGGUGUACAAUUCAGUGGGUGCCCUGGCAAAGGCUGUCUAUGAGAAGAUGUUCCUGUGGAUGGUUGUUCGUAUCAACGAGCAGCUGGACACGAAGCAGCCCAGGCAGUACUUCAUUGGUGUCCUGGACAUUGCUGGCUUUGAGAUCUUUGAUUUCAACAGCCUGGAGCAGCUGUGCAUCAACUUCACCAAUGAGAAACUGCAACAGUUCUUCAACCACCACAUGUUCGUGCUGGAGCAGGAGGAGUACAAGAAGGAGGGAAUUGAAUGGGAGUUCAUUGACUUUGGCAUGGACCUGGCUGCCUGCAUUGAGCUCAUUGAGAAGCCCAUGGGCAUCUUCUCCAUCCUGGAAGAGGAGUGCAUGUUCCCCAAGGCAACUGACACCUCUUUCAAGAACAAGCUCUAUGACCAGCACCUGGGCAAGUCCAACAACUUCCAGAAGCCCAAGCCUGGCAAAGGCAAGGCUGAGGCUCACUUCUCCCUGGUGCACUACGCUGGAACAGUGGAUUACAACAUCACUGGCUGGCUGGAGAAGAACAAGGACCCUCUGAAUGAAACUGUCAUUGGGCUGUACCAGAAAUCAUCUGUGAAGACCCUGGCUUUACUCUUUGCCUCUGCUGGAGGAGAGGCAGAGGCUAGUGGUGGUGGUGGUGGCGGCGGCAAGAAGGGAGGCAAGAAGAAGGGUUCUUCUUUCCAGACCGUCUCAGCUCUUUUCCGGGAGAACCUCAACAAGCUGAUGACCAAUCUGCGGAGCACACAUCCCCAUUUUGUGCGCUGUAUCAUCCCCAAUGAGACUAAAACACCUGGUGCCAUGGAGCACGAGCUGGUGCUGCACCAGCUGCGCUGUAACGGCGUGCUGGAAGGGAUCAGGAUUUGCAGGAAGGGAUUCCCCAGCAGAGUCCUGUACGCUGACUUCAAACAGAGAUACAAGGUGCUUAAUGCCAGUGCCAUCCCCGAGGGACAGUUCAUCGAUAGCAAGAAGGCUUCUGAGAAGCUCCUUGGGUCAAUCGAUGUGGACCACACUCAGUACAGAUUUGGACACACCAAGGUGUUCUUCAAAGCUGGGCUGAUAGGGCUCCUGGAGGAGAUGAGAGAUGAGAAGCUGGCACAGCUCAUCACCCGCACCCAGGCCUUGUGCAGGGGCUUCCUAAUGAGAGUGGAGUACAGGAGAAUGGUGGAGCGGAGGGAGUCCAUCUUCUGCAUCCAGUACAACAUUCGUUCAUUCAUGAAUGUCAAACACUGGCCAUGGAUGAAGCUGUUCUUCAAGAUCAAGCCCUUGCUGAAGAGUGCAGAGUCUGAGAAGGAGAUGGCCAACAUGAAGGGGGAGUUUGAGAAAACCAAGGAAGAGCUUGCAAAGUCAGAAGCAAAGCGGAAGGAGCUUGAGGAGAAAAUGGUUUCUUUACUGAAGGAGAAAAAUGACCUGCAGCUUCAAGUGCAGGCUGAAGCAGAUAGCUUGGCUGAUGCUGAGGAAAGGUGUGACCAGCUCAUCAAAACCAAAAUCCAACUCGAAGCCAAAAUUAAGGAGGUGACUGAAAGGGCUGAGGAUGAAGAGGAAAUUAAUGCUGAGCUGACAGCCAAGAAGAGGAAACUGGAGGAUGAAUGUUCAGAGCUGAAGAAAGAUAUUGAUGACCUUGAGCUAACACUGGCCAAGGUGGAGAAGGAAAAACAUGCCACUGAGAACAAGGUGAAAAACCUGACUGAGGAGAUGGCAGCCCUGGACGAGACCAUUGCCAAGCUGACAAAAGAGAAGAAAGCCCUCCAAGAGGCCCAUCAGCAGACCCUGGAUGACCUGCAGGCAGAGGAGGACAAAGUCAAUACUCUGACCAAAGCCAAGACCAAGCUGGAACAGCAAGUGGAUGAUCUGGAAGGGUCCCUGGAGCAAGAGAAGAAACUGCGCAUGGACCUGGAGAGAGCUAAGAGGAAACUGGAAGGAGACCUGAAGCUGGCCCAGGACAGCAUCAUGGAUUUGGAGAAUGAUAAGCAGCAGCUGGAUGAGAAACUGAAGAAGAAAGACUUUGAAAUCAGCCAGAUCCAGAGCAAGAUCGAGGAUGAACAAGCCCUGGGCAUGCAAUUUCAGAAGAAGAUCAAGGAGCUGCAGGCCCGUAUUGAGGAGCUGGAGGAGGAAAUUGAGGCAGAGCGAACCUCUCGCGCUAAAGCAGAGAAGCAUCGGGCUGACCUGUCCAGGGAGCUGGAGGCGAUCAGCGAGCGCCUGGAAGAAGCAGGAGGUGCCACAGCAGCUCAGAUUGAUAUGAACAAGAAACGUGAGGCGGAAUUCCAGAAGAUGCGCCGUGACCUGGAAGAGGCCACGCUGCAGCACGAAGCCACGGCUGCCGCCCUGCGCAAGAAGCACGCGGACAGCACAGCUGAGCUGGGGGAGCAGAUCGACAACCUGCAACGCGUGAAGCAGAAGCUGGAGAAGGAGAAGAGUGAGCUGAAGAUGGAGAUUGAUGACUUGGCCAGCAAUAUGGAGUCUGUCUCCAAAGCCAAGGCCAACCUGGAGAAGAUGUGCCGCACUCUAGAAGACCAGCUGAGCGAGAUUAAGACCAAGGAAGAAGAGCAUCAGCGCAUGAUCAAUGACCUCAAUGCUCAAAGAGCUCGUCUGCAGACAGAAGCAGGUGAAUAUUCACGCCAAGUGGAUGAGAAGGAUGCUUUGGUUUCUCAGCUGUCCAGAGGCAAACAGGCUUUCACCCAACAGAUUGAGGAACUCAAGAGGCAUCUGGAAGAAGAGAUAAAGGCGAAGAGUGCCCUGGCCCACGCCCUGCAGUCCGCUCGCCACGACUGUGACUUGCUCCGGGAACAAUAUGAGGAGGAGCAGGAGGCCAAGGGGGAGCUGCAGCGAGCCCUGUCCAAGGCCAACAGUGAAGUGGCCCAGUGGAGAACCAAAUACGAGACAGACGCGAUUCAGCGCACGGAGGAGCUCGAGGAGGCCAAGAAGAAGCUCGCCCAGCGCCUGCAGGAUGCAGAGGAACAUGUUGAAGCUGUCAAUGCCAAAUGUGCCUCCCUGGAAAAGACAAAGCAGAGGCUGCAGAAUGAAGUGGAAGACCUGAUGAUUGAUGUGGAGAGAUCCAAUGCUGCCUGCGCUGCUCUGGAUAAGAAACAGAAGAACUUUGACAAGAUCCUGGCAGAAUGGAAGCAGAAGUAUGAGGAAACGCAGGCUGAGCUGGAGGCCUCCCAGAAGGAGUCGCGCUCUCUCAGCACGGAGCUGUUCAAGAUGAAGAAUGCCUAUGAGGAGUCCUUGGACCACCUGGAGACAAUGAAGCGGGAGAACAAGAAUUUGCAGCAGGAGAUUUCCGACCUCACAGAGCAGAUUGCCGAGCAAGGAAAGGCAAUUCAUGAGCUGGAGAAAGUCAAGAAGCAGAUUGAGCAGGAAAAAUCUGAUAUCCAGGCUGCUCUGGAGGAAGCUGAGGCCUCCCUGGAGCAUGAAGAGGGGAAGAUCCUGCGCCUGCAGCUUGAGCUCAACCAAGUGAAAUCUGAGAUUGACAGAAAGAUAGCAGAGAAAGAUGAGGAGAUUGACCAGAUGAAGAGAAAUCACCUCAGAAUCGUGGACUCCAUGCAGAGCACCCUGGAUGCUGAGAUCAGGAGCAGGAAUGAAGCCCUGAGGCUGAAGAAGAAGAUGGAGGGAGACCUGAAUGAAAUGGAGAUCCAGCUGAGCCAUGCCAACCGUAUGGCUGCAGAAGCACAAAAGAAUCUGAGAAAUACCCAGGCAGUGCUCAAGGACACUCAGAUCCAUCUGGAUGAAGCUCUCAGGACGCAGGAUGACCUGAAGGAGCAGGUGGCCAUGGUGGAGCGCAGAGCAAACCUGCUGCAGGCUGAAGUUGAGGAGCUCCGGGCAGCCCUGGAGCAGACAGAGCGGUCGAGGAAACUGGCUGAGCAGGAGCUUCUGGAUGCAAGUGAGAGAGUUCAGCUUCUCCACACGCAGAACACCAGCUUGAUCAACACCAAGAAGAAGCUGGAAACAGACAUUGCCCAGAUCCAGAGUGAAAUGGAGGAUACCAUCCAGGAAGCCCGCAAUGCUGAGGAGAAGGCCAAGAAGGCCAUCACAGAUGCGGCCAUGAUGGCAGAAGAGCUGAAGAAGGAGCAGGACACCAGUGCCCACCUGGAGAGGAUGAAGAAGAACCUGGACCAGACAGUGAAGGACCUGCAGCACCGUCUGGAAGAGGCCGAGCAGCUGGCACUGAAGGGAGGGAAGAAGCAGAUCCAGAAGCUGGAGGCCAGGGUGCGGGAGCUGGAAGGGGAGGUUGAUGCUGAGCAGAAGCGCAGCGCUGAAGCCGUGAAGGGUGUGCGCAAGUACGAGCGGAGGGUGAAGGAACUGACCUACCAGUCUGAGGAAGACAGGAAGAAUAUUCUCAGGCUGCAGGAUCUGGUGGACAAGCUGCAAAUGAAAGUGAAAUCCUACAAGAGACAAGCUGAGGAGGCUGAGGAGCUGUCCAAUGUCAACCUGUCCAAGUUCCGCAAGAUCCAGCACGAGCUGGAGGAAGCCGAGGAGCGGGCUGACAUUGCAGAGUCACAGGUCAACAAGCUCCGAGUGAAGAGCCGCGAGUUUCACAGCAAGAAAAUAGGAGAGGAAGAGUGAGAAUAUCAUGAGGAAGCAAAGUGACCUGAGGGCUGCACAAAAUGUGAACCCUCUGUCACUUCCUUCUGCAAUGAGGCUUUAUAUAUAUGUCUAAACACUAAAGAUCGUAGAUUGCUUUGCAUAAAAUGCAGUAGUUACAUUUUAGUUCUGCAGUUAUUUAAGUGUUGAUUGUGUUCAAAUAAUUAAUAUUCAGGAGUAAAUUUCUGAAUUUUCUCGAGUAAGAUUCAGAAACUCCAGUACUCCAGCUACAGUAAGAGUAAUAGGCAUGAGAGCAAACAAAAAUUUUUACACUGUACUGCAGUGUUUCCUAGCAAUGGAAUUGUGAUUUGAAGUUAGAAUAAAUAUUAAAUAAAAAAUGUUCCUUAGGAAGAGAAAUUGUAAACCUGUGUUUUAUAAGUUUACAAGUAUACAUAUCAAAAGGAACUAAUUUUAUUUUCUAACACCGGAAUUGAGAGCAGCUCUGUUAACAUAACAUCAUAAGGAAAUGUCCAAGUCUGACACCCUGAGAAUUUAGAGAAGCACUAAACAUUGUGUUUCUACACAGCCAAACAGUGCUUCCAAGCUUCCUUUCGCAGCAAUGCAUGUGCUUUUUUGUAUAAAGGAACUGAAAACUGGAUGAAAAAAAUAGCUGAU